CACCACCACCACCGCUCCCCCCAUCCCGCAUAAAACCAUCGCAUCCCUCCCGACUGGCCCCCCUUCCGCUGCUGUCCCAUUCCCCCCCUUGUUGAUACCCUUUGCUUCAGCGCCGAUCCCCCUCGCGUUCCACCUGCUCGGGAUUUCACUUGCUCUGAACACAAGCAAUUCGAGUUUCCAACCCGUUCAUCGCAUACGUAUCCGCCGCGCCGACUCGCCCAUCAUGCAUCGCACUUAUUCCAUGCGCGCGACCCGGGCGCCCACUGCGUCCCAGCUGCAGAGCCCUCCGCCGCCUCCGUCAUCCACCAAGGCCGGUCGCCUCUUCGGCAAGGGAAGCUUCGGCCAUGCCCUCCGCCGCAAUGCCGGUGGCGCCUUCGGGCCCGAUCUGGCCAAGAAGCUCUCCCAGCUCGUCAAGAUGGAGAAGAACGUCAUGCGCAGCUUGGAGCAGGUAGCCAAGGAGCGCAUGGAAGUCGCUCAACAACUCUCCAUCUGGGGCGAGGGCGGCGACGAGGAUGUCUCUGACGUCACUGACAAGCUCGGUGUCCUCCUCUACGAAAUCGGCGAGCUCGAGGACCAGUACGUCGACCGCUACGACCAGUACCGCAUCACCAUGAAGAGCAUCCGCAACAUUGAGGCCUCAGUCCAGCCCAGCCGAGACCGCAAGCAAAAGAUCACCGACCAGAUUGCUCAGCUCAAGUACAAGGAGCCCAACUCGCCCAAGAUUGUCGUUCUCGAGCAGGAGCUCGUCCGCGCCGAGGCCGAGUCCCUGGUCGCCGAGGCUCAGCUGUCCAACAUCACCCGCGAGAAGGUCAAGGCGGCCUACACUUAUCAGUUUGACGCCCUGCGCGAGCACUGCGAGAAGGUGGCCAUCAUCGCCGGCUACGGAAAGCACCUCCUGGAACUCAUCGACGACAGCCCCGUUACCCCCGGUGAGACGCGACAGGCGUACGACGGCUACGAGGCCAGCAAGGCUAUCAUCCAGGACUGCGAGGACGCCCUCACCAACUGGGUCACGGCGAACGCCGCCAUUUCCUCCAAGCUGUCGACGCGCUCGCGCACCCUGUCUCAGCGCCGCCGCAACAACAUCCGCGCUCGCGCCGAGGGCGGCCACGACCUGUCGGGCCAGGACGCGCCGCUUCACGACGGCAGCUCUUGGGUCGGCAGGCACGAUGAUGAGUCUGAGGAGGAAGAGGACGAGGACGCGCACCACGCCGGCCUGGACUCCGAGGUUGGUGUCAACGGCGGGGAGAGCCGCGGCCGCACUCAGGAGGCCGUCGUCGCGUGAGAAGCCUCAGCCAAACCACUUCGAAAAUGAACAUAUCUGGGACACUAGAAAAAAUUGCCGGCGCGAUAUCACGGGAGCAGUAAUGAGGGUAAUAUCGGUUAGGCAGCCACGGACGCUGCUGCCAUGGCGGAGUUUGCACGGCAAGCUGGACAUGACGGAUGGUUGUGUAUGAAUGUCUUUUUUUUUUCUGAUCGUAUGCUUAGUAGGGUAGCUUUUCUUGGUGUACUCUUAACGCUAAUACCAGGUUGAAGGUUGAUGAGGCCUCUUUGAUGUCGCGUUCAUGUGCGUGCUUGUUGGUGACGGGACUGGGGUAUCAUUAGACUUAAAAGGGCACAACACCACAUCGGUGGUCCCCAGAUGUGGCGGUGAUGCGCUCGCGCGUG